AUGGAGUAUCAGCAGCAAGCAGUGACGGAGCUCGUGUAUCCCAGGCCUGUCCCGUCAACAAGUAACGCGGGGAGCAUUGAUUCCAGAGCUUCUGUGCAGACAGUCUCGCAAUGUUGGCGGGGGUCCUGUGCGCGGUCAACCCCCAGACCUAAGGCGGCCGCGACUUUCCACCGCAACCACCACCAUCGACCGACGACGCUCGCACCGCUGGGAGAUUCUUGCACUCUCAACCCCGACGGCACAUCGGCAACUGAAAGUCCACCAAUUGACGUGCUUUGCAGUGAUAGCAUUCAGACCUUCCAAGUCCAUCGCGACGACCCCGACCCCAGAAACACGGACCAGGACUCCUGUUUCCUGAACAACGCAGAGAUGGCCGAUCAAUCCGAGAGCGAGCGGCCGGUGGUCCCCUCAAAGAGCUACCAGUUUCUGGGUAUUCAGCCGAUUCUCGAUGCCGAAGGAGUCGGCCUCGGAAAGAUCAGAUACGCAGCUCGCAUCGCGGAGGCGUUCCUUAAAGACCCGCAGCCUACCGCCACUGCCCACCUCUCUGACAACCCCAACUCGGGCAGCGCUGCCGCUGGCCCCGGAGGAGCGCCUGUUGACAGCGGUAUUGCCCAAGCACAGGGAGCUAGCGGCACCGAGAAGGCCGACUAA